UCUUAGCAUCUCGGUUGAAGGUUUGUCUGUGCACGUUUGGAUUAAUCAACUUGAGCCGGCUCGUUAAGCAUGGUCGGGGGCGGAUUUUUGAAGAGCUUUUCGGUGCUAGCUUGUUGUUGUUGUUACCUUUUGGCAGGGAUUGUGGGAGUCCUCAGUGAAAGUAGUGUAGUGUACCGUGACGAAGUUUGCGGUCAAGUGCAGGUGGAUUUGGGCAAUCGAAUCGGGAAUGGGGACCUGGCUGAGGAAGGUGAAUGGCCCUGGCAUGGGGCGAUGUUCCACAAAAGAAACUACCAGUGCGGAUGUACGUUGAUUGGCGAGUGGCUCGUGCUGACAGCGGCCCAUUGUUUGUACAAUCCGAACUCGAAAAACAGAUACAGGACAAAAGAGCUGCGGGUGGUCCUCGGAUUGCAUGGCCUCCACGAGAGCACGGCACACACCAGGGAGUACGGAUUGAAGGAUACCCGAAUCCAUCCGUCGUUUGACCCGAGCGGCCACAAGCAUGACAUCGCGCUGCUGCUGUUGGAUAAUCGGGUGACGCUCGGUCUGUUUGUGCGUCCGAUUGGGAUCAACUUCGAGGAGCCACCCUGGAUUGAGCAUUUGGCAGGCCAUUUGGGAACCGUCGUCGGCUGGGGAUUCACCGAACAAGAUGCCGUGUCGGACGCACUCAUGAUUGCGAGAAUGCCGAUUGCGCGCUACACAGAUUGCGUCGAAAGUUCUCCCGAUGUGUAUGGCCAUUUGAUUCACAACGGAAUGUACUGCGCUGGAGCGAAGAAUGGCACAAACGUAUGCAAUGGGGAUAGUGGCGGUGGAAUGUACAUUCAGCAGCAAAACGGCAACGGUUACGACGGAGGUGGCCAAUGGACCAUUCGGGGAGUUGUUUCGUUUGCUCCAGCUAGGGAGGGAACCAAUCUGUGCGAUUUGCACAGCUAUGCGGCGUUUACAAAUGUUGCAUUUUAUAGCGGUUGGAUUCGGGAACAAUCGAAAGAGCUGCUAGAUAGUGUUUCACUAGAAGAGGGCCCAAAGCCGAUGGAGCCAAUUGGAGGUCAAAUACAAGUCGAUGAUACAACUUCGACCACAACUACCUCUACAACAACUUCAACCACAACAACUUCAACCACAACAACGACAACCACCACAGCUCCAACACCUGUCGAAUUUCCUACGGUUAGAGGUCCUCCAGCCGAGUGUCUCCAACAACAAAAUCGUUUGAUCAAGGUUGAACGUGAUUCAAGCCUUUCACUUCUCUGUAAUACCGAUUCAACUAAAAAGGCCGAGUCAGUAAGGUGGUACCACCACAAUUAUGUUCAUCAAACCGUGGAUCUAUCCACGCAUCAAGGAUUCUCGAUAAAUGCAACCAACGACAUUCUAGCCUUGAGGCACUUGGAAGCCAGAAGCUCAGGAAAAUAUUUCUGUAAAGCCAUUUACAACGAUACCUCAGUUUCGUACGAUAAUCGAACCGUAGUCGUAAGUGGAGUCAUUCCAAAAUUUUCAAACGGAGCGGAGUCUUCGUUCAUGAGAUACAACGUACUUCUGAAGAGAAACUACUUAAAUUUGAAAAUCACCUUCAAAGCCGAUGUGCUAAACGGCCUUCUACUCUGGAAAUCCGAUGAAUGCGGACAGGCAAUGUUUUCGCUCGCUCUAGUCGAGGGUCGAAUAGAGUUCAAUUUCCAGAAUUCUUUAGGUGUUAUGCGGAAAGUAGCUCUGUUAGAUCAUAUCGUUCAAUUAAACAACUGGCACACAAUUGAGGUCUAUUUAUUCGGAGGAAGAGGUUAUGUAGUGUUGGACAAUCGCUAUCUGUCUCUUUUUGAGGAUAAAUUAUUCGUCUCGAAAUGUUACACCGAAAGUAUCUAUUUAGGAAGUGCUCCCCAAGCAAAUACUGCUGGAUUUACGGGUUGCAUAAACCAGCUGGUUCUAAACGAUCACAUUAUAAACCUUUGGAAAGAAGCCGAAGAAAGCAGGAACAUUCAACAGUGCAACCCAUGCUUGGAGACUUCCUGUCUAAAUGGUGGAGUGUGUAUUGAGAAUUUAGGACGAAAAGGUUACUCGUGUUUCUGCCAGCAAGGAUUCGCGGGUUCAACUUGUUCCAGCGUGGGAGAGUCAUGUUCGGCUGACAGUUGCUCUGCGGGAUCGUGUGAAACAACCGAGCAAGGAAUGCAGUGCCAAUGCCCCUAUUUUAGAACUGGGAAGCGCUGUGAACAGAAUAAUGUUUUGACAGGUGGUGCUUUAUCGUUUCGGAAGCAUGGAUUUUCACAAUACAAACUACCAAUCCAGACCAAUUUCGAUCUGCAGUUCAGCUUUACUGCCCGGCAGCUGAACCGUGGCAUGAUGGCAUACAUUGCGGAAGAUAUUCGCCGGGUGGGCAACUUUCUGGCUUUGGUAAUUAAGGAUAAUCGAUUGGAAUUGCGGUUUAGUGUGAACUUGGAACUGCACCCCAACUCGCUGGAAUCCACAAUCGUCCUGCAGCCAAACACGAACCAUACGGUAAAGUUGGGAUUUACAUCCCGGCUAGUUUACCUCCAAGUCGAUGAGGAACUAACAGUUUCGCAAAAUUUUGCGGGGGAGCUAUUUUCCAUGGCCAGCGAUCGGUAUUUGUAUCUGGGCGGAAUCGACCGACAUACGCUCAUAAACCGCUGCCCGGAAAUUACGGAAGGAUUCGAUGGGUGCAUCCGAGAGCUCAUCAUCCCCGGCUUUCCCCUGGAUAUUGCGGAAAACUUUGUCAUUGCUCGAAAUAUAGAAAACUGUACUUAACAAUGAACCCCUGCAGCUCGAGAGCUUAGUGCAUAACUUCUAAUUUCAUCCAGAGAACUUUUGUCCCACACCCCCAUGAAUCGAGUAAUGACUCACAGCAUCAGCAGCAGCAGCAUCAGGAGCACUGCCCACAGAUUGUGUGGAUGUACAAAGUUUUUGGCCGAUCCGCAGAGUCCCCGAAACAACGUCCAAGACGACGGCGGGUGAAUGGCAACUUUCAUUCGUUCCGUCCAUUCAUUAGUGCGGGGUAGGGCACUUUUUGCUGUUGCCUGGACUUCAUGGUCCCGAGGCCAAUAAAAAUUAAACAGUCAUUAAAAU